CGUCAAAUUAAAUUAGUCACUCAUAUGUAAUUAUACUUUUAGAUAUAAAUAAUAAAUAAUUGCGAAACAACAUAAAUAAUAUGAAUAAUGCUAAGCUAUUGACUAAUAUGAUACGAUCUAGAUCUGGAAUAUUUCAAAAUAUUAGCAAAAUCUACCAAAUUACUUUAACAAGGAAAGAGAAGAUUGUAGAUAUAAUAAAAGACAAAGCUGCACGGGCUUCCAAAUCCAAAUUGGCCAAAAAGAUUCGGGUAGCCAAAGGAUACUAUAGUUUAGAAAUGGCUCCACCAACGUUUAACGAAAUACAGAAACUGCGGACAGACUUGGCUGUGGUAAAAGAAUUUCUUCAAUCGGGUUGCUACAAAUUCCUUACGGUGAAGCAGGCGUGGUUACUUACCCUAAUCACCAUUGAAGUGGCGUUAUGGUUUUAUUUGGGCGAAACUAUUGGGAAAAUGCAUAUUGUGGGUUAUAAAGUAUGAAAAUAACUCACACUACUUAUUUCUAAAAUGACUAAA